GAUAAGAUUAGUUCAAGGCAUGGUGAAUAGUAUCAUUUAAACAAGUCUAAAAUUUGAUGCAAGACUUUUCCAACGAUGAAUCAAUCCAAUAAGUAGAAAAUAAUCAGCAACUACUAUAAGAUUAACCAAUUCUGUUUGUAAAAAAACAUUCUGAUAGAGGAAGAUGGAUACUGAGAAGAGACUCUAUGAAGCUGCAGUUAAAGGAGAUGUUAGAGCUUUACAAGAAUUACUUCAACAAGAUUCUUUGAUUCUUGAUAGACUUACCUUAACUUUCUUCAAUGAAACACCUUUGCACAUAGCAGCAAUGGGUGGGCAUAUCGAAUUUGUGAGGUUAAUUCUGGCUCAAAAUCCUCACCUUGCUGCUGAAUUGGAUUCGCGAAAGUCAUCUGCUCUUCACAUAGCUUCAGCCAAAGGGCACCUGCAAAUAGUCAAGAUGUUGUUGUUGGUAAAUCCUGAACUGUGCCUGGCUCGUGAUCGCGAUGGUGGAAAUCCUCUCCACCUUGCAGCCAUCAAAGGUAGAGUUGAAGUCAUAAAAGAACUGAUACAUGUCAGGCCUCGUGCAGCUCUAGGAACGACAAUCAAUGGAGAAAACGUUUUGCAUUUGUGUGUGAAGCAUAAUCAGCUGGAGGUUCUGAACGUGCUAAUGGAGAUUGAUUGGGACCAUGAGUUCUUGAAUGCAAAGGAUGGUGAUGGACACAACAUUCUGCAUUUGGCUGUUGCUGAUAAGCAAAUUGAGACUGCCAAGUACUUGCUAAAGACACAUCAUAUUGAUGUGAAUGCAGUGGAUGCAAAUGGGAAUACAGCAUUAGAUAUUUUAGCACAGAGUCGGAGGGAUGUGAAUGAUCUAUCCAUGGGAGAGUGUCUUAGAGAAGCUGGAGGUUUAAGGGCAAAGGAUAUUUCAAUGUCCAUCAUUCAACAUAGUACCAAAAUUCCCAAUGACUCUGCUGGAAAUAACCAUUCUCCAGUAUCUUCAACACCAGCAUAUUUAGGAGGAAAUCAGGCCCAAAAGCCCCCAGCAAAAGGCGAUUGGCUUUCCAAGAAACGCGAAACAAUAAUGGUGGUGGCCGUACUGAUUGCAACCAUGGCAUUCCAAGCUGGAGUGAACCCUCCAGGAGGUGUUUGGCAAGCUAAUGGAGAAUUGAAUAAUCAGGGAAUACCUUCACAUAAAGCUGGGGAAUCAGUAAUGUCUUAUAUUCAUCCCAAAUCGUAUCGAUAUUUCCUUCGUGCCAACACCAUUGCCUUUGUCUCCUCUCUCAGCACAAUCUUGCUGCUGAUAAGUGGAUUGCCCUUCAGGCGCAGGCUUUUCAUGUGGGGUUUGAUGGUUAUCAUGUGGUUGACAGUUACCUCAAUAGCACUCACUUAUGGCAUAACAAUUUACGUCCUCACACCUAGGAAGGACCGUGAACCACUUGGUCAGAUCAUUGAAAUUGGAAUUACAGUAUGGUGUGGCUUAAUGGCACUACUUCUAUUGGGUAACACAAUACGUUUGUUGCGUGUAUGGCAUAAAAAGAAGCAUGAAAUAAGAUUAGCAGCAGUACAAAAAAUUGUAAAUUCAAUUCAUGUUAAUGUUUGAUCUGUUGCAUUGAUAAAUAGGACUCAGCCAUUACAAGAAAUAUUCAUGAAUGUUUUGUGAAUCUAAUUUCAUUGUCAUAAGUUAGAGUUCAAAAGCAUAGACAAGUCCAAGCAAAAUAAAUAGGUAUCCUUUCGAAUUGGGAAAAACAAAACAGCUAAUCAAACAGUUCACUUUGCA